AUGGCAGACUCUCUAUCUUCAUCAGUCGCAUCUCUGCGCACUUCCCUCCAGCUCCUCGAAAGCUCAAUCGAUAUCCUCGACUCCGGCGUCAACGAUUUUCCACGCUUAUCAAAAGUUCUACAAACCACCCGACAUUUCGAACUCCUUCCCGAACCAACCCUGCAAGAAGCGCAACAAUCCCUCCUCGACGAAAUAACGCCUAGCAUCGCACACCUCCUCAGCAUAACGACAAACCACGUCGAGCGCCUUGCGCGCCGCGAGGAUUCGCUACGCGCAAAAUGUCAGCUUCAGGAAGGCAGAUUAUCGGAUAAGCGACAGCUUCCUUCUGCCAACACCACCACCACACAGAAGACUUUAGGAGCGGCGACUCGAGGCUCAGACGCCGGCGCAAAAGCGGCGCAGUUGAGGAGAUUGGUGCAGAAGAAGGAGAGGCUCAAGUAUGCGGUUGACAGACUUGAGUUGCAGAGUAAACAGAAGGAGAGGGAGUUGAGGAAGAGUAUGGCUGCGCAGUGA